AUGCUACGAACUUCAGUGAGGUCUCAUGUACAAAGGAUAGGUCAUCGAAGGCUGCAUUUGUCUGUCUCUGAUGAAAUACGGGAGGCAUUGAAUGCCAAAAUGCCCGUAGUGGCAUUGGAAUCCACCAUAAUAUCACAUGGAUUACCGUACCCGGAAAAUAUAGAGAUGGCCUUGAAGGUGGAGCAAGAAAUCAGGAACAACGGAGCCAUACCUGCAACAACAGCUUUCAUUAAUGGUAUCCCUAAAGUUGGAUUAAAGACGAGAGAAAUCGAACAAUUAGCAGAGUAUGCUAGGAAGGGUCUGGUAAAUAAAGUUUCUCGACGUGAUAUAUCUUAUACUAUUGCUCAAAAACUUUAUGGAGGCACUACAAUAUCGAGUACGAUGAUCUUGUCCCACAAGGCAGGUAUUGAAGUAUUUGCUACAGGGGGACUAGGUGGCGUUCAUAAAGGCGGUGAACUAACUCUUGAUGUUAGUGCUGAUUUAGAAGAAUUAGGAAGAACUCCUGUAUCCGUGGUGUGUGCAGGCCCAAAGGCAAUAUUGGAUAUCCCUAGAACUAUGGAAUAUUUAGAGACUAAAGGAUGCAUGGUAGCUACAAUGGGGCCCCCGGGGACGAAUGUUCCAGGUUUCUAUACUAGAGAUUCAGGAGUGAAAUCUCCUUAUAAUUUUAACUCUUAUCUGGAAGCUGCACAAAUUAUACGAGAUGGUAAUGAAUUUGGGUUAAAUUCGGGCUACUUAUUCUGUUGCCCUCCUCCAAGAGAAGUGGCUUUGGAUGAUAACUUCAUUAACGAUAUAAUAGAACAAGCAUGCCAAAAUGCAGCAGCAGCAGGUAUUAGUGGUAAAGAGUUAACACCUUUUUUACUCAGGGAGAUAGCUUCAAAGACUUCAGGAGCGUCUGUUAAAUGUAAUAUUUCAUUUGUACUGAACAACUGUAAAAUUGCAGCAAAUAUAGCGGCUUCUCUAUCUAAACUAAAGCAAAACAUUAUUCCAAGAUAUGAGCCUAAAAAUCAACGGGGAACUAUGACAAGCCAGGAAACUUCAGGCAAUGAAAAGGAGACAAAGGUUCUAUCUGCGGUAAUUGGCUCUGUCGCUCUUGAUACUCAGUGCACUUUCAAUUCUUCACAUAUAUACCAAGGUGAUUCUAAUCCUGGGAAAGCGUCAACCUCUAUUGGAGGAGUUGGACACAACGUUGCGUUAAGUGCAAACUACAGUAAUCGAAGCUCUCAACAUCAAACCACACUAAUCAGUGCUGUCGGCAAAGACAUUGCUGGAAAGCAUAUAUUGUCGGGGCUAGGAAUGUCUGCGGAUGGUAUUUACAUCAACGAAUCGGAAAGGACAGCACAGUAUAUCUCAAUCCACUCUAGGGAUGGGGAGCUAUACAUCGCUGGUUCUGAUAUGGAUAUCGUAACUCAGCUACCGAUAAAACAUAUAACAAAUAAAUUGAAGUCAUUGAAACCUAAUGUUGUUUUGGUAGAUGCCAAUGUAUCUGUAGAAGUUUUAGAACAUCUGAUUACGUUACGAGAAAAAAUGGGAUUCAAGUUGAUUUUCGAGCCGACUUCUGAAUGUAAAGCACAGAAAAUCGCCCAAGCAAAGAAUUUAAAAGUCUAUCCCAACCAUGGAUUUGAUUUGAUCACUCCAACGGUUACGGAACUUAAAGGAAUAUAUGAAGCCUUGGACAAAAACAACAAAUUUGAUUUAGAUAAUUGGUUUCCAGUGUUAGACUCGUUCAAGAUCGAUAGAAAUUUAUCAGUGAAUAAGAAGGCAUCCACAGGAGAACUAAAAUAUCUAUUGGACAAUGGAAUAUUUCAAACUGCGUCAUUCUUACUACCUUACUUCCCAAGGAUGGUGAUUAAACAUGGUUCAAAGGGUAUUUACAUAUUUUCUAUGGAGAAAGAUACUGAUCCAGCAACGCUUGAGUUAAUAUCAAAAUAUAGUGAUUAUUCAAUGUAUUGUACCGGAGAACAUGUUGGCGGUCAACAACAAGGCGUUCUUGUAGAGCAUCAUGCGGUUCCAGCUGGAAAUACAACUGUAACUAGUGUCACUGGCGCUGGUGAUACUUUAGUUGGUAUUUUGCUAAAUGAGAUCUCCAUAGAUCCAGAGUUUUUGGAACUGAAGGAUCCAGCCAGGAGAAAACACCGAUUAGACAGAGCCCAAUAUGGAGCAAGAAUUACUCUAGAAGAUAAAGAAACUAUCAGCAAGAAUUUAAAAGAGUUGCCUUGA